AUAUUUCUCUCUCCCACAUCUGGGCUGGAUCCUGUUUACUGAGAGAGAGAGAGAGAGAGAGAGGCAGAAAACUGGGGGUACCUAGCAUGACAUGAAGUGGUGUUGAGUUAGCCCUAUUUACCUGGAACAGUGUCUUUGUACCAGCAAGGGAAAUGCAUUUGCAUAUUCGUGUUCUAGUCAUGUGGCUUUUGCUGGCCUCCCGUGGAGUGUAUGGCCAAGAGGAAGAAGAGGAAGAUUAUUACUUAGAGAUUCCACUGGAAGAGGUGUCACCAAGUCCUUCUUCCCUACUCUGCCCCAAAGAUUGCAGCUGCACCGAGGAAGGAGUGGUAGACUGUGCUGGAGUGGACCUCAGGGAGUUCCCCACUGACUUACCCAGGUUUACUAAUCACCUUUCCCUCCAGAAUAACCAGAUAGAAGAGAUACCUCCAGAGGACCUGACCAGAUUGUACAGACUUGAGACCCUAAACUUGCAAAACAACCGACUGGCUUCACGAGGCCUACCGGACGACCUGUUUGAGCACCUGGAGAGCCUGAGCUAUCUGUACCUUGCAAAUAAUAUGCUGACACUCGCUCCCAGAUUCUUACCAAGCUCACUGAUCAGUGCAGAUUUUGCAGCCAACUACAUUACUAAAAUCUAUGGGAUGACGUUUGGGCAUAAGCCGAACCUGCGGUCUGUGUAUCUCCAUAACAACAAGCUGACGGACGCUGGUCUGCCGGACAAUAUGUUUAAUCAUUCUGACCGCGUGGAGAUUCUUAUAAUGUCAAGUAACUUUCUAAAGUACGUUCCAAAGAAUCUGCCGACAGCUCUGUACAAGCUUCAUCUGAAGAACAACAAGUUGGAGAAAAUCCCAGAUGGGGCUUUUAGCCACCUGUUCGAUUUGCGGGAACUUUACCUGCAGAACAACCUUCUGACCAAUGAGGGGAUGGACAAUGAGACGUUCGGGAAGCUAAAUCGCUUGGAAUACCUUGAUCUAUCAACCAAUAACCUCACACAGAUACCAAGUGGGCUUCCCCGUAACAUUGUCAUACUUCACCUAGAAAAAAACUCCAUACGCUCAAUUUCCCAGGAUGUGCUAACCCAGAUUAGAAACCUGGAAUACCUCCUUCUCCACAACAACAAACUGAGGGCCCGAGGUAUCCACCCGUCAGCCUUCUUAGGCUUAAAGAAGCUGCAUACAGUGCACAUGUACAAUAAUUUGCUGGAAAGGGUGCCUGCUGGGCUUCCUCGCAGAGUGAAGACCCUCAUGCUCCUUCAUAACCAGAUUUCUAGCAUCAACAAGAAUGAUUUUGCCACCACAUACUUUUUAGAAGACCUUAACCUGAGUUAUAACAAAAUUAUGAGCAGCACAGUUCACAGGGACGCCUUCCGCAAACUGCGCCUCCUCAAGACCCUAGAUCUUUCUGGCAAUAGCCUGAAGUCGCUGCUGUAUGGUCUUCCAAAGAAUCUAGAGAUUCUGAAGCUGAAGGAGAACGACAUCAGCUCCAUCCCACAAGAUACUCUGUCUGGAAUGUCCAAGCUAAAGGAACUUUAUCUCAGUAAUAAUAAACUGAAGUUUAACUCUAUAUAUACUGGGGCUUGGGCCGAACUCAGCAGCCUCCAGCUGUUGGACCUGUCUGCAAAUCAGCUGUCUUAUGUCCCCUCUGACCUGCCUGAGACAUUGGAAUACUUGUACCUCCAGAGUAACAGGAUUUUCACUGUGACUGAUGGUGCAUUCGAGUCUACCCCUAACAUUAAGAGGAUUUUCCUCAGGUUUAACCUGUUCACGGCUGGCUCGGUGAAGGAGAGUGCAUUUAUUGGACUGGAUAAACUGCAGGUGUUGGACAUUGAGAGUAAAUUUGCUCCUUCUAAAACAACCACUAAAAAAGAAGAGGAAAAGGAAGACGAGGAAGAAGAGGAGGAGGAGGAAGAGGAGAAUAAGAGAUAAAUCUAUCUCGGUUUGUGAGAGCAGCCAGGUUGAUCCUGGUGCAUAUAAACAAUGUGAGGAUGAAACUGAGAAGAGGAUACCUUGGCCACAACCAACUGCUGAACUGCUAUGCAUUAAUUUGCAACUUGUCCUUUUGCUUUCGCUCUGGUCUGUGGUUGCCUCUGGCAGUUGAGAAGUGACUGUACGCUGGGAUCAUUAGAACAUUCUAGUGUCAGCUUCUCAUUUUGUGUUAAUAUCUUAAUAUCUGAUUCCCUUCUGUGGCCCAGAAGGAGUGAAACCUGCAGGAAUAAUGAGUGUUACAAACGUGGCAUUAUAUCAGAUGUGUAAAAAGCUAUAGGUAAGUUUAGCCAAGGUGUAAACGUAUAUGGCUGAUUCAUGUGCAAGCUCUCAAGAUCACUUUGGUUCUCAGGCAUAUCACUGAAUAAAACUGUCUUAGAUUACAAGUUGAGCACAACUUAUAACGUGUGCCACAUUGGUUUGCGUCCGGCCUCAAACAAACAAUGACGCAUGAUCAGGUAUUUAAAAAUGCAUUGUAACCAAAGAGAAAUGUUUAACCAAAGCACCCGAUACUAUAAAAGCACACCCUAUACUUUCAGUAGUGCAUUUACUCCAUGGACAGUGCUGCGGAAUAUGAUGGCGCUUUAUAAAUAAAAGUAUAAUAAUACUGCACUUGUAUUACACAUCAAUUGGAAAUACCACUUUCACAUUUAGCCCUUUUGAAAAACAAAUAUGUCAUUGCUUGUUAUUAUCCAACUUAAAAACAAGGAAGGUGUAUAGCAAAGAACUACAAAAAUCUACAUGAGUGGAAUUGUUGUGCUCCAUUGACUUAGCGCUCAAGUUGUCCGACCAUAAAUGUUAGUGCAGGGCCCCAGGGAAUUCUAGUAUCUGAAGGAAAGAACACAUUUGCGCUAUCAGACCUGAUCAAAUUUACAUCCGUGUGCACAAUAUAUAAUAACCAUGGACUUGUCAUUCCAGCACAUAAAAGCAUGUGGUAUAGAUUGCACUCCAACGAUGUUAAAGGGAUAUGAAACCCACAUUUUUUUUCUUUCAUGAUUCAGAUAGAGCAGCGAUUUUUAGCAACUUUCUAAUUUACUCCAAUUAUCAAUUUUUCUUCGUUCUGUAAGCUUUGGAACUGGACCAUUUUUGGAUAAGCACCUGGGUAGCACUUGCUGAUUGCUUUGCUAAAUGUAGCCACCAAUCAGCAAGCAUUACCCAGGAUGCUGAACCAAAAAAUUGGCCGGUUCCUAAGCUUACAGAACAAAGAAAAAUUGAUAAUAGGAGUAAAUUAUCAUGAAAGAAAAAAUGUGGGUUCAGUAACCCUUUAAUGUAUAUCACAGAUGUUAAUGAAUUCUAUCAGUGUGUUUGUGUCUACCACCCCUGCUGGGAGGCUGUUUAUUUUACUUUGUCUCUGAGUUUGCCUCCCUUUAGGUUCAGAUCAGUCUUCCAUGUCUUAAAAUACUCUGUACUUUAUUACAUAUCUAAGAGUUUAUCACCUCCCUCUCUUCUCUUUGUCAAACUAUAUAAAAAAUAAAGACCAUAAAGUAUUUCCUCUGCCCUUCAGAGAUGCGGUCUCCAGAAGAACAAUAUUCUAUGUGUUGCCAAGUACCAUAAUCCUGUAGUACUUGUUCCUAUACAACCAGCUACCCUGCUAAUUUCUCUGGAUACAUUACUUUUUCACUUUACUUUGAAGCACUAAAGUCUAGAUUACAAGUGGAGCACUAUUGAUAGGUCGGGAUCCGUAUAGUGUCCCUGAGCACAACUUAAUAUUAAUGGUUAAUAUAUUAAAGGGAUAUGAAACCCAAAAUGUUUCUUUCUGUGAUUUUAAACAACAUUUUAAUUUACUUCUAUGAUCAAUAUGUCUUGUUCUCCUUGUAUCUUUUGUUGAAAAGCAGGGAUGUAUUCUUAGGAGCCGGACCAUUUCUGGAGCACUAUAUUGCAGCAGUUUUGCAAGAUUGCUAUUAAUUUGCAAGAACACUAGAUGGCAGUACUAUUUCCUGCCACAAAGUGCUCCAGAUACCUACCUAGGUAUUUCUUCAACACAGAAUGGGAACAAAGCAAAUUUGAUAAUAGAAGUAAAUUAAAAACUUUUUUUUUAAUGGUCUGCUCUGUCUGAAUUACAAAAGAUUUUUUUGGGUUUCAUAUCCCCUUAACCAUGUUUGUGUGGCCUACAUUUUUUUAGUGCGCCCUAUACUUUGAAUGGAUAACACAGGCUGUGCUAAUAUAAGUGCAACACAUAAUAGCACUGAAUAUUUAGUGCACCUGAAGUAAAGUGUUAGGGCUAGAAUUAAAGUAUAAAGUAUAACAAAACACAUGUAUAAUAUAUUAAAGUAUUUCAUAUAUAUAUAUAUAUAUAUACAACACCAAAAUAAAGUGCGAGUUCUUUUAUCACUCUCUGGUCAGGGUAGCGCAGGCCGGAAUCAUUUUCUUCCUGCUUUUUUUUGUUAUAGGCGGCAGUUAGGGCUAGAUUUAUCAACGCUGAGGCGUACAGGGGCGCGUAUACGCGCCCCUGUACGCCUCAGCUCGCCUGUGGCGGGGCGAAAUUACCCGCAGGUAAUUAACAUUGCACACAAGUGCAGUUUUGCGCUCGCGUGCAAUCCCGCCCCCUGCCCGCGCACAGCCAAUCACGCGCGGGCAGGAGCUGUCAAUUUUCUCAGUCGGACUCGACCGAGGAGAUUGAAUUUCGCCACAAUAGAGGUGGCGAAGAUGUUAGGGAAGCAACAGUCUGGUGACCACUGCUUGAUAAAUCACGGCGAGCAAGUUCUUGAGAGAACUUGCAGCCGUAGAGGCUUGAUAAAUCGAGCCCUUAGUCUAAUUAAACACACAUUAUUCCUGAAAGCAAUACAUUGUAAUCCUGGCUGCUAUGCGGUUAUUACUGUCCUUUCAUUGUUUUGUUCUGCCUAUAUAUACACGUAUAUAAAUAAUUUGAUACGUGUGAGGACAAGCCCUCUGUUGUCUUGGAAGCUUGCAGUUGGUUCAGCUAGCUAUAUAGGGUAUCAGCUUGUCUUAGAUUAUAUAUGUGAUGAGUGUUACUCAGUUAUUUCUCUAAUAAUCAGAGAUGCUGCAGUGUUUGGAAAUUGUUUGCAGAAUAACACGAGCACUGCAGGAAAUAAUUAUUCCUAUAAAGUUGUCAGUAUUAAUACAAACAGUUAGAAUUCUAUAAUUUGGCUCCUGCAGGGUCUGGAGAUUAUACAGAUACAUGUAACACUUUGAUAUAUCACUCUGUGUUACUGUAAAAAAGAUUCUAAAAUAUUUAAGCACAAGAGAAAUAUAUUCUCUGCUAGUAUUAGGUUUUCUAACCGCAAUGUACGUAAAACACUUAUGUGAGGUUUUUAUCAUACACAGUAUUGGUUGUUAAUGAAAAUAAAUAUGUUAUAUAACAAUGAACUGGCUCUUGAAUGUAAUGAAUAACAAAAAUAAAGGAUUCUGUUAGGCAGCA